CAGCUCUUCCCCGCAGUGACCUCGAUGCUGCCCAGAUGCGCACACCUGGGUGGGGAGGAGCGUUCUGCGGUUCCGUAGAGGCCAGUGCAAGAUGUGGGUCGUUGCAAUUGGACACCUUUCCGCAGGCCUUUGAAGUAUAAGGAACUGGUGUCCUCGCUGGCGGCGGACGUCUGCACUUGACCUGUCAAGAGCUGGACGACAGCAGGCAACGGACAAGAUGAUCUCCACAAUCACGCCCCUCCUCUCCGAGCAGUUCGCCAACCACCCCCUGCGCUCCAGCCUGGUCCUUCUGGUCCUCAUACCCGUGACCUACCUGCUCGCAAACGAGUAUGUCCGCUACACACGGCGGCUGAAGGGCUUCUCCGGGCCACGGAACUGGCCGCUGGUCGGCAACAUCCCAGACAUCAAGUACAACGCUGCGGAAAAGUACCGCGAGUGGUCCAAACAGUACGGCGCCGUGUACCAGAUCCAGCUGGGCAACGAGCCCGUGGUCGUGGUCAACAGCGCCGAGGCGGCGCGCAAGAUCUUUGGCGGCAACAGCCAGGCGCUGAGCUCGCGACCCGUCCUGUGGACGUUCCACAAGGUGCUGUCCAACACGGCGGGUACGACGAUCGGCACGAGCCCGUUCAACGACAGCCUGAAGCGGCGCAGGAAGGGUGCCGCGUCGGCGCUGAACAAGCCCAGCAUUGCUACGUACAUUGACCACCUGGACCUCGAGACCAAGGACUUCAUCAAGGACGCGUUCGAGUCUGGGCGCGCGGGCGCUGUUGGCGUCGACCCCAUGCCCCUGAUUGAGCGGCUGUCGCUCUCGCUCUCCCUCACGCUGAACUGGGGCACGCGCAUGGGCAGCCGCAGCGACCCCAUGUUCCACGAGAUCACCGAGGUGGAAGCGGCGAUUAGCAAGUUCCGCUCCACGACGGGCAAUCUGCAAGACUACAUCCCCAUCCUGCGGCUCAACCCGUUCAGCGGCGGCACCAAGAUGGCCAAGCAGUACCGCAGCCGGCGCGACGUGUACCUCGGAAGACUGAACGCGGACCUCGACGCGCGCAUGGCGGCUGGCACGCACAAGCCCUGCAUCCAAGCCAACAUCAUCCAGGACAAGGAAGCCGCGCUGUCCAAGGAGGAGCUGACGAGCAUCAGCCUGACGAUGCUAUCAGGCGGCCUCGACACCAUCACGACGCUGGUGCAGUGGAGCGUAGCGCUCCUCGCGCAGCGACCAGACAUCCAGCAGACGGCGCUCGCGGAGAUACGCAAGCUCUACACGGCCGACGAGCCGCUGGCGGACGCGCAAGACGACCAGAAGUGCGCGUACAUUGUCGCGCUUGUCCGCGAGUGUCUGCGGUACUACACGGUGCUGCGACUCGCGCUGCCGCGCGCAACGGUCAAGGAUGUUGUGUACGACGGCAAGCUCAUCCCCGCGGGAAGCACAAUCUACCUCAACGCGUGGGCGUGCAACAUGGACCCCGAGGUGUGGACGGACCCGCUCGUGUUCCGGCCCGAGCGCUGGCUGUCGCAACCCGAUGCGCCGCUCUUCACGUACGGGCUGGGAUACAGGAUGUGCGCUGGCUCGCUGCUGGCGAACCGCGAGCUGUAUCUUGUCUUCUUACGGAUGCUGGGCAGCUUUGAGGUUCAGUCCGAUUCGAGCGUCGACGCGCACCCGGUUUCCGGCAGCGCGGACCCGACCAGCUUGGUUGCCAUGUGCAGACCGUACCGCGUCAAGUUUGUGCCGAGGAACGAGGCGGUGCUGGGGAAGGCGCUGGAGGAGGCGGAUGCGAGGCUGGCGGAGAAGGCCGAGUAGCAGACGGGACAUGUGGGAGUCGGAGUAGUAGACGAGACGAGACAUGGUAGGAGUAGCAGACGAGACAUGUAGGAGUAGCAGACGAGACAUACAGUGGAAGUAGCAGGCGACGAGACAUACAGUGCAAGUAGCAGGCGACGAGACAUACAGUGCAAGUAGUAGGCGACGAGACAUACAGUGCAAGUAGUAGGCGACGAGACAUAUCAGCGCAGAGCAAAAGUUGAAACAAAAUCAUAUUGCAUCGCUCACUGAACC